AUGGUCAGCUGGGGGCCAUUGAGACUCCGCACCACCACCAACAAUAGGAAAUAUAAAGGAGUGUGGAAACUAUGGGAGAUGACGGCUGAGUCGAUUCUCGGGAGAGGUCGAACAAUUCAAGACGACCUCAAAGAAGAAGGAUUCUUGGUCGUCUACCCAUACGAUCGAGUCGUUUUCGUCCAAGGAAUGGCACCAAUGCCAAUCCAAUUCGUACAAAUCAAUAUAUGGUAA